AUGAGAGACAACCUCAAACUGCGCAUCCGAGUCGUCAACCGCACCUCCUGCCCCCUAACCCACGGCGACAUCCUCACCGCUCGCACAACCACCCCGCACCUCAAUUUCGCUUUCCAAUCCCACGUCGGUGCCCACGAGUCCCAGUCCCCCUUCUUCUUCGCAUCCACCGUACGCGCCAGCGACCUCACCGCCAUCCGAUACUCCCUCGAACCUCUCAAAGCGGAGUUAUGUGUUCAGUUCAAGGUGGACUUUGAUGUGGAUAGGGAGAGUGUGCUGGCUGCGCGGGUUUAUGUGGGGAGGAUGGACGGGGACGUUAGGGGCCCGGAGCAUCUCGAGAGGAUUGAGGAGGAUAUGGUGCGGCAGGGCCCGGCUUCUGCACACCCGAGGGCGGAGCUUAAGCUGGGACCGUUCACGUAUACGGUGGAAGCGAGGAUGAAUCCGGAGGUUUGGCCGGUUCUGGAUAUUGUUGUGGAGUGUGAUGUGGCGAGUGGACUGUCGACAUCCCAAGCGGAAAUAUCGGCGCUAAGGUCAAUCAUUGACUCUGAGGAGUCAACGCUGAGGGAUGAUCCAUCGUCAAGUGCUGGCAUCGGAUGGGCUCUAACAUCACGUCAACGCAUCAAGGAGCAAGGCGUAAACGGAAAAGGAUUGUUCAUCAGUUCUAAGCAAGAAGCUUUCGAGUAUUGCCAACGGCUCAAGAGAAACAAGCGAAUGAGAAAGAAAAUCCGGCCCAGAUCAAAUUCUCCGAAUUGCUCGGCCUAA